AUGGGCGGCUACGGCUGCAUGACCGCCUGUCUCGACGUCGGUGGGCUGGCAGACUGCUUUAUCGGCUAUCACGACGGUAAUGCAGGAGAGGAGAUAUUAGAGACGUAUGCAAAGGUUCGACGGGACAUCUUCCUGAAGUACGUUGAUGCGAGAAGCAUCAAGAACUUGAAUCGAGUAUGGAAGACAGAUCCGUGGACGGUGGCGGAGACGGACAAGUUCUUUGGCAUUAUCAAGGAGUUGAAUAAGGAUAAAGCGGCAUUGAAGGAGUUUCUGCUGAAAAUGUCGAGCAUUGAGUACGAUUUUACUCAGCAUUAUGACAAGCAGCCGCAAACCAAUGGGUCGAUCAACGGAGCAAAGGGUACGCCGGCGAGUGUCAACAGAGAUGUCGCUGCUUCUGUACAGCUUCAAGUAUAG